UAGAGAGAGACUAUGACAAUGUUAUACAAUGAGUACAGCUGCCGAGGAGUCUAGUGACCAAAGUUUACCGAGCUUCUCGACAUUCGUGAGCGACCUGGAGCCGCCCGUGUCGUGGGGUUACUACGAUCAUCCGGAUCGCAUUAACGCCGAUGUCCUAAAUUCGCAAAACAGUCAGUCGCAAAGUAGCGUUACGCGUCCUUGGGAAAUGGAUACCAAGGAUGGCAGAGGCUUCGAGCCAUAUCCGAAGCUGCCCUCGUUCCAGAGUCAAUUUCAACCGUUUUCGGAUCCGUCACUUGUGCCAGAUCCGAUGCCGGCGCAACCAAUGCCCGUACCCGUAUCGCCGAGCAGUGCGAGUCCCGUUAGCAGUGGGCCGUUGACGCAACUCACGCAGCUAACGCCGUCGCCAUUGACGACGAUACAAACGGGAGGAUUUACACAUACCUUGACUGGGGUUUCAUCAUUUCAACCACUUCAACGCACUUACCCCCUUGUGCCUGCCCCAAUUCAAGCACGUGACAUUCCCACGAUCCAAUCUCAGUACUUGGAAGAGCGUCACAUCCAACUGUACCAACCGAUCACGACAUUCUCCCAACCCUCUGUCGUAACUGUGCUCAAAAACGAACCCGCCAACUUCGAGUUGAACCUCAAGAACGGCUUCAAUCAUUUCCAAAAUCCGGGACACCAACAAAUGACGCAAAUCGACACAAACGGCUAUCACAUGAACGGCAACGGCAUCACGGAUAUCAACAAGAUGUCGGCUCCCGUUGGUGCGAUGAAGCAAUCCGAGUCCCCGACGCCCGUCAUGCCAACGCAACAACGCAAAAAGGAACGGAGAAAAAUGCGCGCUGUCUCGAUGGAGUCUAGCGGCGCCGAUUCCGAAAGUGCAAUGGACACGGGAAAUCAUCCGGGACAAGUUGCGGCGGUAUCGAGCACUGCGAACUUCAAAAGUCCCAUGCACAGUUUGAGCAUGAAUGACGACAGCACGCAAGAUGGCGACAAACAGCUUUAUCAAUUGUUGCAGACGAAGAAGAAGCGCAAACGGUGCGGCGAGUGCAUCGGGUGUCAGCGCAAAGAUAAUUGCGGCGAUUGUGCCCCAUGUCGCAACGACAAAAGUCAUCAAAUUUGUAAGCAAAGACGCUGUGAAAAAUUGACGGAAAAGAAGAGCGGUCGAGGAAGAAAAGCCCGUAACGCUGUCUCUCCCAAAUCAGCACAAGUCCCAACAUCGUCAAUCAGUCCAAUUCCGGCGCCAACAACGACGACAAUUGUCCCGCAGCCAUCUCCGAGUCCCGCUACCCAGAAUUCCACACAAUCGCAACUCAAUGUGGUAACGAGUGCGACGCCAAUUGUCAGCCAACAUCAGCACAGCAGCAACAACAACAACAGAUAA